AUGAGGCGUCGUGCGGGUGUUGGUGCUAUUCAAAAGCAUAGGCUCGAGCAGGAGAAAUAUAGAGAAAAAGGUUCAGAAAUACAAGAAAAUCAGUUCCAACAACUAUCAAAACAACUCGAAGUUUUUAGGGAAAACCUCGAAGAUUUUGCUACUAAACAUAAGAAUGAGAUUAAAAAGAACGCUCAGUUUCGAAGACAAUUUCAAGAAAUGUGCGCAGCCAUAGGUGUAGAUCCACUAGCAUCAGGAAAGGGAUUUUGGUCUGUUCUAGGCAUUGGAGACUUCUAUUAUGAGUUAGGAGUCCAGAUAGUGGAAGUUUGUUUAGCUACUAAUUACAAAAAUGGAGGGCUUAUAACAUUAGAAGAAUUGAGAACUAGGCUCAUAGCUGCUAGAGGUAAAGCCAAGAAGCACCAAGAGAUUACAAAUGAAGAUUUGUUAGCAGCUGUAAAGAAGUUGAGAAUCUUUGGCAAUGGGUUCACUGUGGUGUCAAUUGGUAAAGGGAAAUGGUUAGUACAGUCAGUGCCAGGUGAACUGAACUUGGAUCAAACAUUGGUUCUACAGAAGGCUAAUGCUUUGGGCACAGCUUGGGUAUCGUCGAGCAUUUUAACAGAUGAUUUAGGUUGGAAUGACACACGAGCUCAAAAUGCACUCAAUCAUAUGGUAAAAGAAGGUCUGGCGUGGGUUGAUACUCAAGAUACUAAAGAAACACUUUACUGGUUUCCAAGUUUGUUUGCAGAAUGUGUGUCGGCUACA